AUGGCUUGGCCCUGCCGCAGGUCCAAGAAUCCCAAGACUCUGGCUUUCCUGCUAGUGGGUGUGACUUUCGUGGUGCUGCGCCAGUGGCUCGUUCAGGAGUCCACGCAGGAGAAAGCUGAGGUUCCCACCGCUGCUCCCUGGUCCUCCGCAGCUGCGGUGCAGCAUUUACCACACCUCCCGGCGGCGCCUGGGUGCGCGGCCAAUGCCUCUGUGAACCUCACCGCCGGCUUCCAGCAGCUGCCGGCUCGGAUCCAAGACUUCCUACGCUACCGCCACUGCCGCCGCUUCCCCCAGCUCUGGGACGCGCCCUCCAAGUGCGCCGGCCGCCGCGGCGUCUUCCUGCUGCUGGCCGUGAAGUCGUCGCCAGCGCACUACGAGCGGCGCGAACUGAUCCGGCGCACGUGGGGCCAGGAGCGCAGCUACAGCGGGCGACAGGUGCGUCGCCUCUUCCUGUUGGGGACCUCCCCGCCCGAAGAGGCGGAGCGGGAGCCUCAGCUGGCGAAUCUGCUGGACCUGGAGGCGCGGGAGCACGGUGACGUGCUGCAGUGGGACUUCAAGGACACCUUCCUCAACCUCUCGCUCAAGCACCUGCACCUGCUGGAAUGGACAGCCGAGCGCUGCCCCGGCGCCAGCUUCCUGCUCAGCUGCGACGACGACGUCUUCGUGCACACGGCCAACGUGCUGCACUUCCUCGAGACACAGUCGCCGGAGCGCCACCUCUUUGCCGGGCAGCUCAUGGACGGUUCUGUGCCCAUCCGCGACAGCUGGAGCAAGUAUUUCGUGCCUCCGCAGCUCUUCCCGGGCAAGGCCUACCCAGUGUACUGCAGCGGCGGCGGCUUCCUUCUGUCCAGCCGCACAGCCCGCGACCUGCGCAGCGCGGCGCGCUAUGUCCCGCUUUUCCCCAUCGAUGACGCCUACAUGGGCAUGUGUCUGCAGCAGGCCGGCCUGGCGCCCAGCAGCCAUGAGGGCAUCCGGCCCUUCGGCGUGCGGAUGCCCGGCGCGCAGCGCUCAUCCUUCGAUCCUUGCGUGUACCGCAAGCUACUGCUGGUGCACCGCUUCGCGCCCUACGAGAUGCUGCUCAUGUGGAAGGCGCUGCACAACCCGGAGCUGCACUGUAGCCACAAACACGAUGAAAGGUCACCCGAAGUCAGAAAGCUCGGGAGCUGA